GAGAAGCGCUGCCGUGUACAAGAACAGACGGAUGUAAUUUACUGCACAAAUACACUGGGAUUUACCGGAAUGACCUAGAGAGAUCCAGAGCAAGUCAACAUGAGUUUGACAUCCUGGUUCCUCGUCAGUGGUGGGGGAACAAAGCACCGCCUUCCCCGGGAAAUGAUUUUUGUGGGAAGGGACGACUGUGAGCUUAUGCUACAGUCUCGCAGUGUGGACAAACAGCACGCUGUCAUCAAUUAUGAGGUAGCUUCAGAUGAGCAUAAAGUUAAAGAUCUGGGCAGUCUCAAUGGGACAUUUGUGAAUGAUGUUCGUAUACUGGAACAGCAGUAUAUUACCUUGAAAAUGGGUGACAAGCUAAGGUUUGGUUAUGAUAUCCACUUAUUUACAGUCGUACGUGGAGAGUUACAUGUUCCAGAAGAGGCCCUGAAGCAUGAAAAGUUCACCAGUCAGCUUCAGCUAACCAAGAAGCCUUCCCCAUCAGUGGAAACCACCAAAAGUCCAGAGGUCAAAGCAAAAGAGGGAGGAAAAGAUGCUGAAGCCACGCCAUCAGAACCACCACCAAUGACAGAAGAGAAGGUGUCAAGUGACAUAGCUUUGCUCCACAGAGGAACCCCUCUGUAUGGGCAGCCAUCUUGGUGGGGUGAAGGGGAUGCAGAUGAUGAAAAUUCUGUGAAGCACAACACAAAGGCUUCUGACCAAAAACAAGUCAGGUGUGAAGCAGGUCAUAAAGACACUGCACCAAAGCAGCAAGGGGAACCAGGAACCACACCACAACAUGUGGGGACCCAGGAGCCAAGCUACUUCGAGAUCCCCUGUAAGGAGACUCAUCUAGUAGGGGAAUACACAGGAGAAACCCUCCCGACUGGCUCAGAGGCAGUCACGUCAGCUUCCACAAUCCCUGCGUCAGAGAUCGGCGCACAUGGACAUGCCUCCUUCACUAUUGAGUUUGACAUAAUGGCAGGAAAGAGCAAAGAGCGGGCCUCAAAGGGCACCCAAGACCAACGCCAGCGGCCUAAGAGAGGGGCAGGGGAGCAGCUAAGUGCAUUGCAGGCUGCGAUGGUGGCAGCAGAGGUUAAAGUGGCGGACUGGCUGGCACAGAAUGAGCUUCCACUGACCCGCUCUGAAUCUGUAGCUGAGGAUGAUGGAGACAGCGUGAAAAGUGAUGUACCAGUUCAGCUGAAGAGCCUUAGAGGCAGUAAGCAUGAGGACGGCACACAGAGUGACUCAGAGAAUGCACUGGGAGAGCGGCUCAGUAGUCGAAGGAUUUUCCUGCAGGAGCGUUACAGAGGAAGACAGGGUGUGGUGAGGACAGAAGGGCCUUUCUAUGGGAGGGAUGAUCCCUUCCAGCACAAACCAUCAUCUGUUGCUAAAAAGAUGGCACCUGUAGGGGGUGAUGUUGGCAGGGAAGUGAACUGUUCUUCCCCACAGAAAGCCAAAUUGCCCAGAGAGCAAAGCACUGGGUCCCAAGAGACUCCUAGUAGGGGGCAUAUAGAUGACCAAAGUGACAGAGGGACUUAUACAAUUGAAUUGGAAAAUGGAAAUGCGGAGGAAGAAGAGGCCAGGCGUAUGAUUGAUAAGGUGUUUGGGGUGGAGGAGAAUCAAGCCCUGACAAAACUACGUUUCCCACAACACCAGAGAGACAGAGGAACAAUCUGCCCAAGAUCUGGAGACAUGGAAACCAGACAAACUGGCUAUGUUGGCGCAGAGGUGUUGCCAGAUGACUUAGUUGUAGUAGGUGGUCCAAGGUGGGUCUCACAGUGGGCUAGUCUAGCUGCAAGUCACAUACGGACUGAUCCUGAGGGAUCUGGGGCUGAACCAACCAUACUUUCUACAAAUGAAAAAGCUGAUAUCAAUAUACCUGGGCACUCAGAACGAAAGAGAAGGGCUCUCCCACAACCCCCUUCUGAAGAUUCUGCUAUGGAUCCAGUGGCCCCUGAGGGCUCAAGGUGCCAAGUAAGGCGAACACCACAUUCCUCUGAGAAGCAAGACCUAGAACUCCAGGAGAAAGUAGAUCAGCUCAAUAGAAUCUCCAAAACUGGAUCAAGAUCAGCCGGAAUGACCUCAGCUAGCACAAACUUCGAUCAGUCCAAAGCAAGCAAGCAAACUUUGACCAAAACUCACAAGGUGGGGCAAAAAGUUGAAGCUCAAACUAGACCUAUUGGCGGUGGUGAGAAGAAACAAGGGGAUGGGAGCCGAAAGAAAGUUGAGGAGGACAAAGAAAGGAUAGGGAAGCCUCUAUUGAGGCAAGAAAGUUUUACAGUAGAAAGACCAAGUGCUAAUGCUCACCUAGAGCUCAGACCUUGCAUCGAUGGUCCUGGUACCUCAACUCAGCCCAGGGAAAUAGGUGUCAUCAAUGAGGGCAUUGAUGCUGCCACUAUGCUGAAAGACUCAGAGGCUGUUGCUGCUUUUUUAGAAACCACUCUCUCAGACCUUGCAGAUCCACCCAGCUACUCUCUGGAGGGCUCUGUUUCACCUGAAUCUGACAUUGAUACGACAAGCACUGUCAGCCAGGCUGGAGGAGAAGGAGGACGUAAGACAGCCCAAAGGAAACGUUUGGCUGGAGGUCCAGGCCGUGAAACAACCAAUAAGAACACCAGCACAACAGAAAAGAAAGGCAAAUCUCAGCCCUCGGGUUCAGCUGGCUCCAGAGCUUGGACCUCUCUUGACCUGACAGACGAUGACUUGAGCUCCUCACUUCUCACAGAGACUACUUCUACAACACAACCUCAAUGCCGGGGUCAACAUAUCACCUCUAGAGCAGAGACAACAAGUGGAAAAACAAGAGAAGCAAAGACGAAUGUAGCUCCUGCACCGGUCACCUCUAAACCAUCCACCCUUCCCCGACCAAGACCUACACGGGCUUCCAUUCUGCGCCGAGCACGACUGGGAGAAACUUCUGACACUGACCUUGCUGAUGUUGAUCGUAUGUCCGUGGCAUCAGAGGCUUCUACUGCAAGUUCUGCAUCGAGACCUUCAGCUGGGCGCAGGACCCUCUCUCGGAUUGAAGCGCUUGCCCAACCACGAAGGCCAAGAGUGUGCUCUCCUUCAGCUCGGAGUGACUCAGAGGCUACAUCAGGCAAAAUCAGGGGCUUCGUCCCACGCCCUGCACCAGAGAGCACACUGAGGCUGAGUCUCCGCUCUACUGUAGCCUCUUCUUCUGUGGUCCCCAGAGCCAGAGCUAACAGUGCUUCCAAACUGCCUGAUAAGUGUCCUGGUACUCCCCAUCUUCAAAGUACGCCAGCAGCUGGUGGAAGGUGGCGGCGUGUACCUAUUGAGUAUGCUUCUACCUCAGAGGAUGAGUAUGGCUCCAACCGGCACCCCACUCAACACACUCGGCCAACGGCUCCGCGGAUAACCCAGCUUGGGGGUUCAGCCCCCGCAACACCCAGCCCUGGAGGUUUCUCUAUGCUGCGUCACCAGUCUAGCAGAGAACAAGAUGAUUACAUGAGAGACUGGACCACCCACAGUGAGGAGAUUGCCAGAAUCAGCCAAGACCUAGCUAAGGAUCUGGCCAUGCUGGCGCGUGAGAUCCAUGAUGUUGCAGGCGAGAUUGACUCUGUUAGUCCUUCCUCCGCUCCACCAGCUUCAGUUGACAACCAUGUGUUUGAGGAUGUUCUGGGCAGUGCACCAGAGAUCUGUGGCAGAGGUGUAGAACUAAGACCUCGCGGCGGUAUCAGCAGUCAGGAUCCUCGUGCCGUACGCCGUCGGACAUGGAGCAGAGAUGAGGGUGUGCUGGACAGUUUACUGCUGGCAUCAGUAUCACAGAUGUCAGCAAAAAUCAGACAGGCUGUGGAAAAGACAGCCAACAAAAUCAGGAUUUUAUUCAAAGAUAAGGACCGAAAGUGGGAGGAGAUUGAGACAAAACUACAGGCAGAGAAUGAGGUGCCACUCCUCAAGACCUCUAAUCAGGAGAUCUCAUCCAUACUCCAAAACCUGAAAAGAGUGGAAAGACACUUGCUAGUGAUUGAUAUCAUGGUGGACCCUGAUGGUACGUUGGAUGCUCUGAGCAGUUUGGGUCUGACCAGUCCUCUCUUGGCUGAGAACAGAAUUAGUCCUGGAUCACAAGGUCCAGCUGGCAACCAGGCAGCAGAAGGAUCAGCCUGUACCACUGCACUGCCCUCUGCCUAUUCAGAGGUCGCAGAACGUGAUGUUGGUCUGCAGGAAAGGAGUAAAGAGCAGAACACUGCCAAUAAAAACUGAAUCACUGCAAACAGUUUACACAGAGAUCCUAUAGCACUUUGAAAGGCCAGGUCAACGUGAACGUUUUGUGAAUAGUGUAAGGUAUGCUGUAAAACGUCCUAUAUGGUAAUGCAUUUAAAUGUUUGCUUCGUAAAUUCUAUAUAUCCUUGGAUGGAUUUUCAGUUAUUAAAGACAAUAUUUUGAAAUAUCAAUUAACUGUACUACCAUGUCAUCAGAAUGAUUGUAUACAAGCAUUAAUUAUUCUGAAGAUCCCAGAUCUAGAGCUGCUCAGGAAGUAGUUGAACACAUGACAGUUGAACAGAAAGCAGCAUGUGAAAGAGUUUAACUGUAGUUUAUUGAAGAUUCAUACUGUGUACUGUCAAGUGUUGAGCUUAAGUUUUCAUUUGCAUUUAGGGCCCAAAAUAAACACUGUCAAGCGUCAGAUGUAAGAAAAAAAUGGUUUUGGAGCAUAAUGAGUUGUUCACUCAUUGGCCGGUAAUUAUGUUAGGAACUGCAACAUGUUAAACGGUUCAGAAAACAACAGUUUUGACUCUAACAUUUGCCAUUUAUCAAAGUAAUUGCUCAAGUAAUCCUUGUGGCAACACAUGUGGCAUAUUUUUGGAACUAAACGAAUAUUCUGGGUUCAAAACAAGCUAAGCUCAACCAACAACAUUUGUGGUACAAUGUUGAUUACCACAAAUAUAUAUUUAUAUAUAAAAUACAAAUUUAAAUAAAUCUGGGUUACAGUGAGGUACUUACAAAGGUAGUGAAUGAGGUUAAUAUGUAAAUAUUAAAAUAAUCACUGUUUCAAAAGUAUUGCCACAAAAUGUAAACAUUAUGUUUUAUAAAAUGAUUUUAGUGUGAUAAAAUCGCUUGCUAAUCUUUUCUGUGUAAAGUUAUAGCCAGUUUUACAAUUUAAUUGCCAAGAUGAUGAUGCAACACCAUAAACACUAAAACCUUAAAACUAGAGUGACCAUACGUCCUCUUUUUCCCUGAUAUAUCCUCUUUUUGACCUUAAAAAACCGUCCGGCAGGGAUUUCUACAUUUGCGAAAAUGUCCGGGAUGUGCAUCUGGUCUAAUACUUCAUUGUGUGUGCACGCAUAUUUGCAUUGCUUUAACCCCUCUUUGUAAGUCCCGCCUUCUCACACACCAGUUGGUUGAUUAUAAGAAGCUUGCAGCAACUUUAAUCUAUCAAUCUCUUCGUGAACGCUCGAAGCGCUGUUGUCUUUGGCAACAAACAGUUGCUUGACAGUAGCAACAAAUGACAGCUGAGUGGAAACUAUGCUCAAACGAAAGUGCAAAUUUACAGAAGAUUUGCACCAAACAUUCCCAUGCUUUCAUCCAGGUCAAGAUCUAUGGGAAGCAGAAUGUGUGACCUGUAGAGCUGGCACUUAUGUGUCAGUUGCUAAUAAAGGUGCAAGAGAUUUAGAAGCACACAUUAGCUCUGCGAUGCAUAAAGGGUCAGCAAAAGGUGAAAGUUCAUCAGGUUAAUUAACGGACUACUUUUCACGACAAGGUAAAAUUGUUAUCACAUUGCUUCAUUUUCCAUGGCCGUUCAUAGUAACACUGUUUUGAACCCUAUUACCCCCAACCCCCCUUCAUUGAACCUGGAAUAUUCCUUUAAGCCACCAAAACAAUCAGUCAACCUGUCAUGUUUUUGUGACGUGCCAUUUCACCUCGAGACAGAGAUCUGCUAUUCUCGUAUACAUGAUACUGCCAAUGACACAAUUAAAAAUAUGCAAUUAAAAAGAACCAAAAAUCCACAAAAAUACUGUAUAUUGAUUAAAUCAUGCAAAAUACAGUUCCAUGGCUAGAGAGAAAGAAAAACAAAUAACUGGUAAAUAAGAAAUAUUUAUGGCUGUUUUAAUUUUCUAAUUUGUGGCAAGUGUGUCAAAAAAAGUACAUUUUGGACCGUUUACAUGUCACUUGAAACAAAAUUCAACAUUUUAAAGCCCACAGUUCCCUUAAAGCCAAUCUCUGCCAAAUAUUUAACUCAUCUACCAUUUAACCAAGUCUUUGAACAUGUGUUGUCUAACAGGAAUAGAUUAUCUAAAAAGAUUGCAAUUGUUUUGCAGCAGUGGAUGUGUGAUUCAUGAGAAUGCUCAUACUGUAUGUCAGGACAAGGCUAAACUGUAUAACGCUGGCCUAUUACAUUUAAUGUAUUACAUUUUAAAUUUGUUUUUCUUAUGGCACUCUGACCUAGAUACAGCCCAGUCUGAUCUGCAAAGUGUUAAAAUCCACCAUUGUGAUGAAUUUCGGCCAGUCCUACAAUUUGAACCUUUGCAUAUAUUUAGUAGAUUUAAUAAUAAAACAUUCCAUUUUUUCAACCAUAAAACAACAUAACCAAAGGUUAUAAUGUUGCUGCUUAAUUGUAGUUCCAGUAUAGUUGCAAUGUCUCAAAAAUACCCUUCCAUGUAAUGUUUCUGUAUAAUGAUUAUCAAUUAGGAAUAUACUAGUGGUCUGUGCCAUGUGAUAGCCAGUAAGAGGGCCUUGAUUUACCCAGAUGAUUCAUUAAUCAAGCUUGUUAUGUCACAAAGUGCCCAUUAUCAAGAUCAUCAUGAGAUGAUGUAGACAUUAAACAUCAUGUUAUUUUGCACAUGCAGAUGUUUCAACCUGUUCAGAAGAGUGUUUUGAACUGUACAUUUUUUAACUGUUUUAUGGAAAAUGGUUAGGUAGCCACUAGCUAGCAUGGAAAAUAUUCUCUCCUCUUAGACUCUGUCUGCCUCAGUGGUGUUUACAUAUGAAUGUAAAGCAAAUACCGAUUUAAUAAAGAAAUUUCAUAU